AAGUCCUUCCAUAUCAGGGCGGCAGAGGUAGGCCCGGCCCUAAUCUCCCCCUUGUCCUCCAGGUGCAGACAUGGCCAAGUCCAAGAACCACACCACGCACAACCAGUCGCGAAAAUGGCACAGAAACGGCAUCAAGAAACCUCGAUCACAAAGAUACGAAUCUCUUAAGGGGGUGGACCCCAAGUUCCUGAGGAACAUGCGCUUUGCCAAGAAGCACAACAAGAAGGGCCUGAAGAAGAUGCAGGCCAAUAAUGCCAAGGCCAUGAGUGCACAUGCCGAGGCUAUCAAGGCUCUUGUAAAGCCCAAGGAAGUCAAGCCCAAGAUCCCAAAGAGUGGCAGCCGCAAGCUCAACCGACUUACCUACAUCGCUCACCCCAAGCUCGGGAAACGUGCUCGUGCCCGCAUCGCCAAGGGUCUCAGGCUCUGCCGGCCAAAAGCCAAGGCCAAGGCUCAAACCAAGGCCCAGGCUGUGGCUGCAACUGCGGCUCAGGCUCCCAAAGGUGCCCAGGCCCCCACGAAGGCUCCAGAGUAGAGGCCUUUGUCUGCCAGUGUGAGGACGGAAGGAUUGGUGUGACCCCUGGGCUGCUCUCUGCAUGGGGCUGGUAGUCCUCCUGUGCGAUUUGUACAAAUAAACCUGAGGCAGGAUCUAUCA